CUUAGUUAUACCACAGCACUACAUUUGCAGCGGACGCUUUUCCAGAGGAAUGCGCCUCUCCUACCACCAGCAUCGAGGAUGUAUACCAUAUCCAAAGCGCAUCUUCUCGCCACCGCCGCCGUCCUCUCCCUGAUCAUCACGACCUUCCUUAUCUUCGGCACGCAGUACUCCACCUCGGUCGCCAACUAUGCGCUGAAGACGUCUCUGCAAACCGGGGGCUGUCCCCCGCAGCACGUGGCAGUGGAAAUGCCUGUAAGCAGCAGCAACACCACCGACUGGGAAUUCCAGGUGGCGCGCGACGGCAACAACUACGGCCUGACGCCGCCGCAAUGCCGCGCGGCAUUCCCCAAGCUGUUCGCGGAGAUCGACAACGCGACGGCCACGCGCGCACAGAACCCGAUCACCUUUGAAGAGUUGGAUCAGAUUGAGAUGGCAGACGGGAUGGUGCGGGGGGUGAUUGCGGAUGGUCAGCUAUACAUCCUCUCCUACACCCCCCAACCCGUCACCUUCAGCCGCGCCAAAGCAACCCUACACGCCCUGCACCGCGCCCUGGCCGCCUCGCCCACCGUUCUCCCGCCGCUCGAAUUCAUCCUCACCACCGAAGACUUCUACCUCCCUCCUUCUCCCCACCCCCAGAAACCCGGUGCAGGCCCACCGCCCAUCUGGUCCUACACCAAACUGGCCCACCACACUCACACCUGGCUCAUGCCGGACUUCGGGUACUGGUCGUGGCCCGAAGUCCAGAUCGGGCCGUACGCCGCGCUGCGCAACCGCAUCGCCGCCCUCGAAUCCGCCCUGCCCUUCGCGCAAAAGCGCAAACAACUGCUGUGGCGCGGCAGCACGGCGACCAACCCGGGCGUGCGGGGGACGCUCCUCAAAGCGAGCCAGGGGAAGAGCUGGUCCAGCGUGCACACCCUCGACUGGGACUCCGCGGAUGCUUCCGCCACGGGCCUGCCAUCGGCAUUCCUCCCGAUGCACGAACACUGCGCCUACAUGUUCCUCGCGCACACGGAGGGGCGCAGCUUCUCCGGCCGCGGGAAGUACCUGUUGAACUGCAGGUCGGUGGUGCUCUCGCACCCGCUGACGUGGCGGGAGGCGCACCAUGCGGCGCUGGUGGCGGCGCCGCAUCCGGCGGCCAAUUAUGUGGUCGUGGAGGAGGAGGGGUGGGCGGACUUGGAUGCCAAGAUGCGCUGGUUGAUUGAUCAUCCCGAGGCGGCGGAGCGGAUUGCCGAGGAGGCGGUGCGGACGUUCCGGGACCGGUACUUGACGCCCGCGGCGGAGGCGUGUUAUUGGCGCGAGUUGAUCGUGAAAUACAGUGGGGUGUUGGGGUUUGUGCCUGUGGUGGAGGGGCGGGAGGGGGUGGUGGCUUUUGAGGAUUGGGUUUUGGGGGUUUCGUAG